GACAACUCUAAAUUUACCAAAUCUCACACUUUCUGUACAUGUUAUUUACACAUAUAUCAACAUGCCUAGCCCAUCAUCUUUAAGCAAGACUAUCGCCCUCAACAAUGGCGUACAAAUGCCCCGUAUUCAUCUCGGUGUUUACAUGACCUCUGGGCGUGAGACCGAAACCGCUGUAUCAACCGCUCUCACAGCAGGAUAUCUCGCGUUUGAUUCUGCUGAAUGGUAUGCGAACGAGGCUCAAGUCGGCUCAGCAAUGAACAAAUAUUUGAAUGCCAAUAAAAAUGUCAAGAGAGAGGAUUUAUGGUUCACGACAAAAUUAAAAACCAACACAAGUUAUGACGCUACGAGGAAGGCCGUAAAAGAUAGUUUGAAGAGAAGUGGAUUGGAUUAUAUUGAUUUAUAUCUAUUGCAUAGUCCGUAUGGCGGAAAACAGCGCAGACUGGAAUGCUGGAGAGCGGUAGAAGAUGCUAUUGCGGAUGGAGAGGUGAGGGCUGGGGGUGUGAGUAAUUAUGGUGUAAAACAUUUGAAAGAAAUACUUGAUUCCAAGCCUCGAAUAAUCCCCGCUGUGAAUCAAAUCGAAGUCCAUCCAUUCAAUACUCGAACCGACAUUACUUCGUUCUGUCAAUCGAACGGUAUCGUUGUCGAAGCGUACGCACCUUUGGCUCGAGCUUUACGAAUGAAGCAUCCCAAGAUCGUCUCUUUAUCGAAGAAAUAUUCGUGUAGCCCCGCACAAUUAUUGGUAAAAUGGUCCUUACAACAUGGUUAUGUACCGUUGCCGAAGAGUGUGACCAAGGAAAGAAUCGUUUCUAAUGGUGAUGUUGAUGGUUUUGAAAUUGAGGAUGAAGAUAUAAAAGAAAUGGAUAGCUUGGAUGAAUAUUUGGUAACAGAUUGGGAUCCUACUGAUGCGGAUUAAUUAGAUUGAUUAGUAUUGAAUGAACCAGAUUUCAAAUGCAAUAUUCGUGAUCGCAAAGAGAACCAUAUCAGGAAUCUUGUCCCUUCCACCCAAUUUUACCUUCAUCUGAAGAGCUGAAGCAUUCUGCUAUGCCUUCAGCUCACAUACUUAAAUAAUCGCUAAAGCCCCUUCAUCACUUUUUGGCUCACUGUACACCAAAGAUCGAUGAAGGUUGCGACCACGUAUGGCGUUGCGCUCUUCUCCUAGAAUAAAACAUCUCCGCGAUUUUAUAAAAUGGAUUCAAAGGUCGAGUCGAGACUGAAUGUCCUCGUUCAAUUUUCGGGGGAUUCCUAUGAUAUUAACCACGCAUCUCCUCAUCUCCCCUCAAAAUUACCCCUCAUCCGAUACCGGAAAAAUUCCGAUUAACGAAAGUAUUCAUCACAACAUUGACAAAUCUUUGUCCCUAUCUUCACCAAGAAUACUCGAAACAUUGGCAUCCA